UCUAAAAAGGCAGCAAAAAGACAUAGGAAAGAGCAACAAGCUAUUGGUGCUGCCACAAUGGACAAUAGAAGUGAUGGACCCAUUAGAAUUUCAGAUUUAGGUUCCAAUACUCGACAAACUGAAUCACCAAAUGCAAAUGGAGUAGCUGAUUCUAGUCAACAACUAAAGAAGAAAAUUAGGGGGCCAUCAAAGUUAAAGAUGCAUGACAAAGGCAAACAAAAGUGUGAUGAGAUCGACUUCAAUGAAAGGAACCAACCAAUAGGACAAGAAUCAGUGCACUUAUCAACCUUAGAAGGGGUCUUAGCUCGGAAGAUGGUGCCAAUUAAUAUAGAUUAUUGGUUUGAAGUUCCAGAUGAGAUUAAGGAUAAGUUAUGGGCUUGUGUGAAGCUUAAAUACAAAGUACAUGAUAUCCAUAAGACACAUGUGAUGCAAAAGUUCGCAAAAUUGUGGCGCAAUUACAAGUCUGAAUUAUCAAGAAAAGUAAGAACUCUCGCUGCAGCAGGUAAAGGUCAUUUAGCACGUAAUAUUGCCCUCACCAAACCUGAUAAGAUUGGAAUGGAUGAAUGGAAGGCAUUUGUGAAAAAUCGACUUUCAAAAAGCUUCAUUGAAAAGAGUGAAAAAUUCAAAGAGAUGAGAGCAAAGCAGAAGAUGUUACACAUGAUGAGUAGAAAAGGCUAUGCACGACUAGAGGAAGACAUGAAAAAUCAAAGCCAAGACCCAGAUUCCAUAUCUAGAGUGGAUGUUUGGAUCAAAGGACAUACAAGGCAGAAGGGGAAACCUAUCAAUGAAGUGCUUCAGGAAGCAGUGAAUAAGGUUCAAGAGCUUCACAAGCCUUUUACAGAAGAAGGGUCAAUGUCUAUCAAAGAUGAUGCAAUUGUUCAAGCAUUUGGUCCAGAACGGCGUGGUAGUAUAAGAGGGCUUGGAUUUGGAGCAUUGCCAUCGAAAGUUGAUGCAGCAUACCAAAAUCAAAAUAUGAGACAACUAAAUGAAAAAUUGCUACUAUUAGAAUAAGAACUCCGGGAGAUAAAAGCUGAAAUGUUAAAAGGAAAAAGGCAAAAUGAGGAGCCAAGCAAAGGGGCAAAUGGACACUCACAUGGAGAAACUCAGGGUGAGGAAAACGUUAGAGGUGAACAUAGGGUGCAUGACGAUGGUGAAUGUAGGAUGCACUCACAACAAAAUAUUUGGUUGCAUGACGCAAAUGAAACUGGAAAUGGUGGAUCCUUGGACAAUGCCAAAUGCAAAUUGUUGAAUUGGGAUGGAACAAAGGUGGUGGUUGCGGAAGGCACAAUUGCAUCAACAGAUUCUAAAGCAUUGGUACAUCACGUGCCUCUUGGCCCUGGGUGUUGGAAAGUAUGG